AGGCUACAUAAUUAUGCUUCCGCAGUUGACAAGUUCAGUGACUGUCGAUGUUGAAAAUGAUCGAGCUUCAUACGGAAAAUACAUUAACCUUUGAACCGAGUCGACUGUGACGUAUACCAAACAAACUCGAAUGCGUGCAUGAAGGGUCAUGCCGUGAGUGGAAGGUGCAUUGAUCGAAUCACCAACGUACUUCUGUACACGUUCCGCCCCAAUGGGAAGAUAAUAUUUGUAUACAAUAAUAGAUAGUUUGCAAACCUCCUGCAUUCGUCGUGAACGAAUUUACAUAAAAUACCAUAAAAUAGGCUGCUGAAUACAGGCGAUCAAUAGCAUCGGUGUAAAAUCUAAUGCACUAUUAUGUAUGCAUAAUGCUCUGGCGAUUCGCGCAUGCGUAGUUGAGUGUUGACGUCUGGGAAGUUCACGAGCUCUGUAAUAUCUACGGUACAUGAACAUGACUGCACAACGUAUACAGGACCAUACGGUAGAGAUAACUAGAGAGUAGACACGGAGUUACUUUCAUCGCAAAAUGGAAGCUCUACGGUACAUCCACGACAAUUUGGGCAUCAGCUAUUCCCUGAUCCUUUGCCUGGUCAUCUUGUUGGCCUUAAGGGUCAUCUUCAAGGCUAGGUACCUGCCUCCAGGCCCGUGGGGUUUCCCUUGGCUCGGUAUGGUCCCGUACUUCUUGCUCGUUGGUCGCUUUGGCGGGGUACAGCGGCACGAAGCUCUGGCCCGCUUGGCGGCUCGCUACGGCAAGGUGUUCAGUUUCACGGCGUUCGGCAAAGUGAUAAUAGUGUUGUCGGAUCCACAGGCUGUCAGAGAGCUCUUCAGUCGACAGGAGCUCAAUGACCGACCAGAGAUCCACAUCGAGAACAUCCCAACCGGAACAGGCGUCGCUCUAGCAAAUGGCGAACGAUGGAAACAGCAACGAGUCUUCACCAUUCGAAUUCUGGAGAAGUACGGCGUAGGAAAACCGGCCUUCGAGGAGAACAUCGCCAGCGAAGCCCGGGCCUUGCUUAGGGAGCUUGAGAAGUUAAAUGGAGAAGUCUUCAACCCGAAGCACCACCUGAUGCUCUGUGUCUCUAACAUCAUCACUGACAUCUUGUUCAGCACUAAGCACGAGUACGAUGAUGCUGAUUACAAGAAUUAUUUGGACAUGGUGGCUGAGAUCACCCACCUGAUGGGCACGUCUGGAGCAACUCAUAGCUUACCUCUCAUCAACCUGAUCCCAUUACCGUCUAGGAUCCGCCUCUCUCAGAUCCUGGGCUCGGAGUUCGACGACAUGCACAAGAUCAUCAAGAAGCACCGCGAUCGUCUGGACCGCGGGAACCUCCGAAAUUUCCUAGACGAGUAUCUUAACGAGGUAGUCAGCAGGCGUGAGCAGGGAUCACCUAGUGAGGUCAACGAUGCGAAUCUCCCAGAGACCUUGGUACAACUGUACUCAGCUGGCACGGAGAAUACCGCUACGACCAUGAGAUGGGCCCUACUGUUCAUGAUCGGUAAACUGGAUGUCCAGGCGCAAGUCCAGGCCGAGUUGGAUAGAGUAGUCGGUCGAGAGCGUCUUCCUACGCUCUCUGAUGAACCAUUACUUCCCUACACCCGGGCUACCCUGCUUGAAAUCCAGCGACUUGGUUCUGUUACGCCUCUGGGCGUAGCGCACUUUUCUGCCAGUGAUGUGCCAUACCGCAGCUGGACCAUCCCAGCACAAUCCACGGUCAUUCCAAAUACUUGGGCCAUCCACAACGAUCCUGACAUCUGGAAGAAUCCCGGUGUCUUCAAGCCAGGGAGGUUUCUUGAUGAGAAGAAUCAGAUUGUCAACGAUGACCUGAUAAUGUCGUUUAGCGCAGGUAAUCGCAUCUGUCCCGGCCGGCACCUGGCCAAGAUGGAGAUCUUCAUCUUAUUCACUCACCUCAUGCAUCGCUUCCAAUUCCGAAAGGUCGGCAGUUCACCGCUUUCCUUCCGGGGUCAUGGGAGCUUCGCUCGUGUGCCAGACGAGUUCGAGUUGCAAAUAUCCUUGCGCGAGUAAACCGCCCCAUUGAUAUCCCGUCAUGCACACACACAUAAAAGGCGCUUUCCAUUUAUCGGCUUCGUCCCAGCUUAGGAUUUUGAAGGAUGUUAGACCCUGAUAUUAGGGACGCUGGCCUGAUAACAGGUCUUUUUUCUGCUUCAGUUUAUUACAUCUUAUGAUUUUGAGCAUUUCCAUUUAGUUUUGACAUAACAGCUUCAGCACGAUUCUAGAGCCACCCUGCAGGAACUUGGUUUAGCAAAACACUUUCUUGCUUUCACUUUUUGAACACGUUUAAAUACUAAAUUUGUUUAGAGUAUUGAAGGAUAGUGUUUAGCGAUUGAACAUUGAUGUUUAGGAAUUGGACAAAUGCAAUCUUCACCUUCUUAACAUGUUUUAGAGUGCAGUGCAGGCAAGGCUGAAGAAUAAGUCGAGGUUUGGGUACCACCAAAGUAAAAACGACUAUACUAUGGGAACAUGAUCAGAAAUUGACUCACAAAAUCAAUGAACAAAUCUUUGCAUCCCAAUUAUUUAAGAGCUCUGCAGAAAAAAAGGCAAUUAUAGUAUCAAUGCAGUUUUUUUAUCUAGUUUUCUAAGAAAAGAAAGAUUACACCUGAAAUUCAUAUUUGUAAAAAAAAAUUACAAAAUGAAAAAAAUAGACAAGCUACUGUAAAGCAAUAAAAUUAAACAUCGAAAACGCUUAAAUUCGAGGACAGAAUUCUUUGUUAUACUUUUAUGUGACAUUCGUCAUUUUGAGCUGUAGUGGUCAUGCUUUCAAUCGGUGUGGGGAUUUGAGAAGAUGUUUUGUCGUGUUUUUUCUAUUUCUUUAUAAGUGUCAAUUACUUUUGAUUUGUUUUGAUUUUCCAUAUCAGUGUGAACAAAGAUUUUAGGAAUGCAACUCAGAUUUCAAAGACUCAAUCUGGAAUUAACUUUAAAAAAAAAACCAUCCAAUUAAGAACAUAUUCUAGAAAUAAUGAAGCUUUUUAGAAUAAGCACUUAAACUUUCCAAUUAAACAGUGACUAGCAAAGCGAAUACUAUUUUUGCUUAGAUUGUUUUAAUACAUUGCAAUUAUAACAGCUAUUAAAAUUGUAAAUUGGAGACAUUAACACCAUUUUUAUAAACAUAAUAAAAGUGUAAUGUUUAAGCAAACACACAAUGAA